AUGGGAGUAUGUUCAAAUAAGACUAAAGAGUUGAAUUACUAAGAAGAUGUACAUAAUAAAAACCAAAUAGAUUAGUAAUAUUUACAUUUAUUGGAUAUUCAAAAUCCUGUUAAUGUGAAUCAUAAAUUUGACAAUCAUUUCACUCUAAUUCAAAAUAAAUAUACUGGUAUAGGAAUCAAACUCACUAAUCAAUACACUACCAAUUUAUCAAGAAGUGAGUGGGAAUUGAUGCAAAAUUAAUUUUGGGGUAGAGUAAUAAAGUCAUAUAAAGAUAGUUAUAAAGAUUCUACUCAUUGGUCAAGCAUACGCAACGCUCUGUUAUAAGAUGAUGAAUGUACAUCUCAUUUUUUAAUUUUAGAAUCUUCGAUUGCCAUUUUGAUGUUGUCUAAAUUAAAAAUGAUUAAUAAUACAAUUCAAUUACUGAUUUCAGAUAAACAAGUAUUUCAAGUUCCAGUAUUUGUUAUCAAUGAACCCAUUUCUUGGAACAAUGAACAUUUGGUUCUAAAUUUUGAAAAAUUUUCCUUAAAAGUAAUUUGCUAUCAUAUUUAGGUGAGUAUACGUAGUAGUAAACUCCCAAAAGAUUUUUUGAUAGAAACAGAGAGCACCUCGAAAGUUCUUGAAAUUAAAUAGAAAAUCUUGGAAGUAGCCAAAGAAAAAACUUGUCGGUUGUAUCUGAAUGGUAGAGAACUAAUUGAUAAAAAUUACUUGGGAAAUUAUAAUAUUACUUCAGGAACAGUAUUAAAUUAAUUACACCUAGAUAAUUCAAGCUUUUUUGUGAUUAUAUUUUAAAAAUGUUUGGUAUUAAUUUAUAUUAUGCAUAAACAAAAAGAAUAAAUUCUUUUCAAGUGUCAUCUCUAACACUAGAAACCAGAACUCGAAGAUAUCACUACUUUCAACAUUAAUAAAAUAAUCGAAACCAAUAAAUAUGCAUCCAUUUUUGAGUUAAUCUUAGACAAUUGCAAGUUCAUCAUGGAUACAAGUUUUUGUCUAGAGAUAUCAUCGUAGUUUAUUCCCAUUAGCAUAGAUUGCUUGAAUAAUUGCAAUAUCGUGACUUUGCAAAACAUCCCAAAAAUUGAUACAUUGAAGAGAUUAACCUUAGACUAUAACUUCAUCUAGAAUUCUGAACUAAUCCAUCUUAAAUUUUACCAAAAUAAAUUGUUGUCUCUAUCAAUCAUGCAAAACCAAUUGGAUUUUUCAGAUUCAUCAUUAUUACAAGAAUUCUAUUUAUUUGAUAAAUUACUUCAAUUAUCUAUUGCAGGGAAUUAUAUACAUAUCACUGAAUAUGAGAGUAUAAUAGCGAGAGAUGAGAUAUUUAAAAACAUGAAGAACUUAGUAUUUUUAGAUACAAUAGCUAAAGGAGAAUAUCUAUCGACUUGCAUGGAGAAUUAAUAUAAAGAUUAAAAAUAAGAACAAGCAUAUUUAUCAAGAUUGGAUAUUAUCAAUUGGAAAGCUGAAAUGGAAUAUAAUUAAAAAAUAAAUGAUUGA